UCAAGUAGGAAUCAGCCAAUGACAAAGCGACAAGUGAGUGUCAAAAAGUUCUCACUAUUUUAUUUUCACCGGCUAACAACUGCAUUUCGUUGAAAGAACUAAAUAGAAUAAUUCCAAACACUAAAAACCUUAAUAUAUUCUGUCGAAACACGCCGUAAAUAAUAAAGUGAACAAUAUCGUAUCAGAAACAAUUAUAUAAGUCUGAUAACCUUGUCGAAUAAGAGAUAAGUGCAUUAAGAUGCGUGUCCAAAUAGUUUUGAUGGUACUUGCCUUUGCUCUGAUCCAAAGCAGCAUAGCGUUAAAAGAGGAGGAUUGUGAAGUUUGUAUAAAGACAGUAAAACGUUUUGCCGACACAUUGGAUGAUACCACAAAGAAAGAUCAUAAAAAAAUUGAGGCCAAGUUUAAGGAUUUCUGCAAAAAGCAAAAAAAUAAGGAACACAGAUUCUGUUACUAUUUGGGUGGUCUGGAAGAAUCGGCGACUGGCAUUUUGAAUGAGCUGAGCAAACCCUUAAGUUGGUCCAUGCCUGCUGAUAAAAUUUGUGAGAAACUAAAGAAGAAGGAUGCACAAAUCUGUGAUUUGCGUUAUGAGAAACAAAUCGAUUUGAACAAUGUCGACCUGAAGAAACUGAAAGUGCGCGAUCUUAAGAAAAUCCUCAACGACUGGGAUGAAACCUGCGAUGGUUGUAUUGAGAAAACAGACUUUAUUAAGAGAAUAGAAGAGCUGAAACCGCAAUAUUCGCGCACUGAGUUAUAAAAAUUAUAUGCAAACUACAUAUGAAACUAAUUUAUAAUUACGUGUACACAAAUAAACAAAUACAUCCACACCUACCAGGAG